CGGCGAGCGUCGCUCGGCGGGCCAAUCCCUGCGCUCUCCGCGGCGCGUCAGCGGCCCCGCGGCCACCCAGAAAAGUUUAGUAAACAGCCGGGCGAGCGGGGUGCGCGGCCUCACCUUGCCCACUCACCGCGGCGACCGGCGGCGGCGGGCGCGUCCGGCGGAGAGGCCGCCGUCAGAUUGCAGGUGUACCCCAGAGGAACAUGGCUCAAGAAACAAAUCACAGCCAAGUGCCUAUGCUGUGUUCCACUGGCUGCGGAUUUUACGGAAACCCUCGUACGAACGGCAUGUGUUCAGUCUGCUACAAAGAACAUCUCCAGCGACAGAACAGCAGUAGUGGCAGAAUCAGCCCACCCGCGGCUUCUGUCAGCAGUCUGUCUGAAUCGUUACCAGCUCAGUGCACAGAGGGCAGCGUCCCAGAGGUUCCGUCAGCACUGGCCUCUGCAUCUUCUUCUGUGCAGCCAAGCUCUGUAUCAAGUCAGCCACUGUUACCUGAGUCUGUAGCAUCCUCACCGGUGGACGGCACGUCUGUGGACAAAGCAGCGCCCGAAACCGAAGAGCUGCAAGCUUCAGCGUCAGACACAGCACAACCGUCUGAAGAGCAAAACAAGUCCCUUGAAAAACCAAAACAGAAGAAGAACCGCUGUCUCAUGUGCAGAAAGAAAGUGGGGCUCACGGGGUUCGAAUGCCGCUGUGGAAAUGUUUACUGUGGUGUACACCGUUACUCAGAUGUGCAUAAUUGCUCUUACAAUUACAAAGCUGAUGCUGCUGAGAAAAUCAGAAAAGAAAAUCCAGUAGUUGUUGGUGAAAAAAUACAGAAGAUUUGAACUCCUGCUGGAAUACAAAAUCCUUUGACCAUCUGCAAACUAAAAAUUGACUUGAGGUUUUUUUUCCUAGUCACUGGGAAUGUAGAGCAAUGUAUCUUGCAUAGACCUUUUAAUCAUGCAUGUCAUCAGAAGAAUAGAUUUUUGUUUUUGUUUUGAAAAUGACUCUGAACAUUUAUUUCCAUUGCAGUUUUGUGGCUGAAAAGACUUAAACUUUACAAGUAUUAUCGUUUUAAGAUCAUUUUAAUUUUAGUUGAGUGCAGAGGGCUUUUAUAACCUGGAGAAAUUUUGGAGGGCUGUGAUUUUUCCAGUAUUAAACAUGCAUGCGUUAACCUUGCAGUUUAUUUUCUCAUUGUUAUGUAUAUAUAGCUUUUCUCUGCAGCACGAUUUCUCUUCUGAUGAUGCCCUUUCAGGCACAACUAGUUACCAGUAACUGAAUGUAUCUUAAUCAUUAUGGCUGCUUCUGUUUUUUCAUUAACAAAGGUUAUAUAUAAGUUAGCAUAUAGUUUCUUUGCACCCACUAUUUAUGUCUGAAUCAUUUGUCACAGGAGAGUGUGUGCUGAUCAGAUUCUAAGUUUUUGUUUUAGUUUGUUGUUUUUUUCUUUUCUUGAGCAAGGGAGGAAAGUGCUGUGUGCAUUUCACUGCUGACCGCAGGUCUCUUUCAGAUCUCACUCAAUGGUCUGUGUGUAAAAUACGAAGAAUGAUCUGAAGUAAUUGUGCUGUAUUUAUGUUUAUCUACCAGUCUUUGAUUAAAUAAAAAGGAAAGCCAGGCUGUU